GAUGAGGCCUAGUGUGGUUGCCAGGGAAACCAGACGGCGCCGCCGACAUCAGCUCCCAUUUUCUACGGGUGGGAUUCAGGCGAGCCCGCUGGCGGUGGAGGCCUCGGACGCGGGAAUCCUAUAGUGUGUGACCCGGAUAUAACCAGGGUGUUCGGUAUCACUGGGUUCCAUCGAAGAAUAUGUAAAAGUUGCUGGUACAAUGACGACUGUGCGACAGAGAAAGAGAAUUAAUGCAUCUGAACAAACUUCCAAUAGCAGCCAUAUUAACAAAACCUCAAAGCCAAAUGUGAAAGGUAUAUAUGGCCCGUCAGCAUGGAGCAUCCUGUGUUACAUUGUAGGAGCGUCACUUGCUUUGGGUCUUGGUCUGGUCACCUCAUAUUAUGUUGCCACACUCCAUGAGAAUGACUUAUGGUUUUCCAGUAUUAAGGAAGUGGAGAGAGAAAUCUCCUUCAGGACUGAAUGUGGCCUCUAUUAUUCAUAUUACAAGCAAAUGCUUCACGCCCCGUCCAUCACACAAGGGAUCACUGACUUGAUCUAUGACAAUAAAACUGAGUCAAUGCGAACAAUUAAUAUACUGGAAAGAAUGAAUGUAUACCAAGAAGUUCUCCUAGCAGUCAUCUACAGGGCCCUCAACUUGUGGAGUUACCUGGAGCCGGUAUACUUUUACAUUUACACGCUUUUUGGCCUUCAGACAGUGUAUGUAGCAGCUCUUUACAUUAACAGCUGGCUGCUCAGUGGGACGUGGCUUUCCGGAAUAUUAGCAGCUUUAUGGUACAUUGUUAACAGAAUUGACACAACCCGGGUGGAAUUUACUAUUCCUCUUAGAGAAAACUGGGCUCUUCCAUUCUUUGCGGUUCAGAUAGCAGGGAUAUCCUAUUUUCUGAGACCUGGUCUAACACAAAUAAAAAUGAGACUAUCCCUUCUUGUAGUGUUCAUCUCGACGUUUAUCUUCAGUCUCACUUGGCAGUUCAACCAGUUCAUUCUGCUCAUACAAAGUCUCGCUCUCUUUGCUCUGGAUUGUCUGGAUUUGAUACCAACCAACAAGGUGAGGAGUCUUUAUAUGAUUCAAGCUGCAAGCCUGGUCCUGGUGUGUGUUCUGCAGUUCUUUAAUACUAUGAUUCUAGGAUCUCUACUGCUCAGCUUCAUCUUGGCAGUGGUUAUAGCCCAGGAACUACAGAAAAAUCUUAAAAACGGUCAUCUUCACAGAAGAAUUUGGAACCUUUGUGUUCAUGUAGCAGUUGUCCUGUGUUUUACUGCAUUGAUAAAUGUGUGUGUGAAGAAAAUCCUCAACCUGCAAUCAGAUGAACAUAUCUUCAAGUUUAUACAGGCAAAAAUGGGCUUUAAAAUGAGAGACUUUGAUGCCAACCUUUACAUUUGUGAAGAGCCAUUCCAGCUUCUGCCAUUGGACACAUUUGGGAGACUCUCAGAUUCCAUUCUCCUUUACCCCUAUGUUAUUGUUAUUUUCUUCUUAAUAAUUAUGACUGCCAUCACUGUGUUCUACAACCUCAGGAAUCCUUCAACUUCUAAAAAAAUGAAUCAGCAUAAAGAAAAGUCAUACUUAGUAAGAGCCGACGUUGCAUACCACAUAAUGCACAGCAUUCUGUUCGGGGGCCUGGCCAUCAGCACUAUGAGAAUGAAAUAUCUCUGGACUUCCCACAUGUGUGUGCUUGCUUCUUUUGGACUUGCCAGUAUGGACAUUUGGGGAACUGUACUUAAACUGUUGCACCUGCACACACCUCAGAGGACCAGUGCUUUCCGUUAUUCUGCAUCUAUAUUGGUUGGCGUUGCUGUUGUUUACAAGUUCUGGCCACGAAUUACUGAGGAGAUCUCUGAACUGCGGGAGUUCUAUGACCCUGACACAGUGCAGCUAAUGAACUGGAUCACGACAAAUACCCCCAAACUUGCAGUGUUUGCAGGAAGCAUGCAACUACUGGCAGGAGUUAAGCUUUGUACUGGAAGAGUACUGACCAACCAUCCACAUUAUGAAGACAAGGUCCUCAGGGAUAGGACAAAAUUGGGAUGUGUAAGGGCUCAUUUUUUGGUGCCAUGAUCUGUAGUUUUUAUCAGUACCAUUUUUGUUUUGAUGGGACUUUUUGAUUGCUGACAAUUCUUUCUGUGAAGGUCGGUUGAAAACAAAAGAAUUUCCAUGCUGAAUUUUUCUGCCGGUUUCCGCUCGGAAAUUCUGCCUAAAGAUGAAGCACAAGAAAGCCCGCAGUUUGCUGAAGACAUGUAGACUAAGGACAUGGAUUACAGGAACCAUGUUUUGUGGUCUGAUAAGACUAAAAUAAACUUAUUUGAUUCAGAUUGUGUCGGUCGUGUGUAGUGGCAACCAGGUGAGGAGUACAAAGACAAGAGUGUCUUGCUUACAGUCAGGUGAUGGACUGGCCAAGCAUUUCUUCAGACCUAAACCCUAUUGAGCAUCUGUGAGGCACCUCAAACUGAAGGUGGGGGGAGCACAAUGUCUCUAACAUCCACCAGCUCCCUGAUGUCAUCAUUGAGGAAUAGAAGAGGACUCCAUUGGCAACCGAUGAAGCUCUGGUGAACUCUUUGCCCAAGAGAGCUUAAGGCAGUGCUGGAAAAGUGGCUACACAAAAUAUUGUGACUCUAUUGGGCUCUAUUUGGACAUGUCCCCUUAGGGGGUGUAGUCACCUUUGUUGCUAAGGUUUAGACAUUGAUGGCUGUGUGUUAUUUUUAUGGAACACAUGACAUUACACUAGUGUAAAUUUCUUCAUUGUUGUCACAUGAAAUGAUCUAUAGGUAUGCAGUGGAAUACACUGCAAAUAUAGUCCCUUCUCCUCUGGGACACAAGGGUAGUGCUUACCACUUAAGAUGUGGGGACUGGCAGUGUGACAGUAGCAUGCUUGAUGUUACUAGCUGCCUUCUUUGUCUAAUUGAUUUGCUGCUCCUUCUUUCCAUUCUUUCUCAUCCUCCUAGACAUGGCUCCCAUAGACUUGCAUUAAGGGGGCAGGGCAACGACGUCAUGAGGGGCGGAGCCAUGCCAUCACGAACCGCCUCUCCCUGUAUCGUGAGCCAUCAGCCACGGAGAAAACCUAGCUCCGGAGAGCUGAUGACUCUGGGUUCUGCAGGAGAGAUCGCGGGGGUCCCCAGCAUCCUUGGAUAGAGGAUAAGAUGUCUAGGGCAGAGUACCCCUUUAAAUGGAGCAGCUCAUUUGCUGCUCAAGCAGCUUUGUAGACCAGCACACCUUACCCAUCAAGAUUACAUUGUAUUGGCAUCCUGUGCUCCAUGAUGAUAUAAGGUACUGGUUGGGCAGCAUAGAUGACUGCUAUAUUCAAGGAGUAUUCAAUAUGGUGCAAUGGAUGUCUGCAAAACUUUGCUUUACCUGGUGCUUUUGCCCUAUAAAAGCCAAAAGUUCACUCUUUUUUUUCCUUCUCAAUCAGUUGAAUGUAAUCCAUAUUCAGUGUGUAUGUCGUCUUUUCUGGUUAUGGGGGGAUUAAAGUAGUUACGUACUUGUAGAUUUAGCGGGAGCACUGACAAUAGUACUUACAUUCUUUCUUUACUGUAGGAGUAUAUACAGGUGAAACUCAAAAAAUUUGAAUAUCGUGCA